CGAGGCCGACCAUGGCCCAGCAGAGAGCCCUGCCCCAGAGCAAGGAGACGCUGCUGCAGUCUUACAACAAGCGGCUCAAGGAUGAUGUCAAGUCCAUCAUGGACAACUUCACCGAGAUCAUCAAGACCGCCAAGAUUGAGGAUGAGACGCAGGUGUCUCGGGCUACUCAGGGUGAACAGGACAAUUACGAGAUGCACGUGCGGGCUGCCAACAUCGUACGGGCUGGAGAGUCCCUGAUGAAGCUGGUGUCUGAUCUCAAGCAAUUCCUGAUCCUCAACGACUUCCCAUCGGUGAAUGAGGCCAUUGACCAGCGAAACCAGCAGCUGCGCGCUCUGCAGGAAGAGUGUGACCGCAAGCUCAUCACCCUGAGGGACGAGGUCUCCAUCGACCUAUACGAGCUGGAGGAGGAGUAUUAUUCGUCCAGCUCAAGUCUUUGCGAAGCUAAUGACCUGCCUCUGUGCGAAGCUUACUGGAGGCUGGACCCCGACACAGACUCCGCUGAUGGUCUCUCAGCCCCUCUGCUGGCAUCCCCGGAGCCCGGUGUUGGCCCUCUGCAGGCUGCAGCCCCUGCCCACUCACACACUGGUGGCUCUGGCCCCACAGAGCAUGCCUGAGCUUCUCAGGGCCACUCUCCCAGGACCCCUAGUUCAUCAGGAACAAAUCCAGGGUUCUGCCCUGGAUGUUCACCAUAGCCCUGUUUCUCUCAGCCUCCACUUCCAGUUGAGUACUCUAGGACCCCCUGAGGCCUCCUUUAACUGGCCAAGCCAGGGUCAGCCCCAGGACAGUUGGGGAAAGUUGUUCAGGGUGGCCCACCAUGUCUAGCUGCUACCUUCCUGACUGACCAGGUCAGAGAAAGUUGGUCUUGUUGAGGACCUGGACUGUGGGGCAGUGAUAAUGCAGGAUACCAGGAAGACAACCUGCGAAUGUAUUUAAAAUUGGGAGGGGAACUAGGUAUGGUAUGCACAUCUGUAACCCCAGCAACUCAGGAGCCUUGAAGCAGCAGGAGUGUGAGUUCAAGGCCAGCCUGGCAAAAAAAAUGGGGAUGUAGCUCAGCUCAGUGGUGAAGCACCCCUGGGUUCAAUCCUCAGUAAUCCCCCAACACACACACACACACAGAAAAAGAAUGGGGGGGGGGGCUUAGUGGAGAGCAGUAGCCAAGCCCUUAAGCCUUGGCUCCUGUGCAGACACCUGCUUACUGCAUCUUUCCCCAAGCACAGAUGUGCCUGCUGUGUGUAGACUGCCUGCCUCGGGAAGGCUGUGUGAGCAGAUGGCCCACUCACAAGGCAGCCUGCCAGGGCUUCUUCCUGAAUUCUGUUAUGUCUGUUUUGCUACUUUUGUAAUGAAAUUUAAAAUAAAAAUACCACCUUGUGUGUUGGUUCCUCUCUUUCUCA